AUGGCCGGAGUUCUAAGGUCACUGAGUUUCUGGAUACUAAUCCAAGUGGUCUCUUUGGUGUUAGCUCAAGACGGUACUCAAUUUGUGCACUAUAACUUCAGUAAAGCAGACCUUCAUCGUGAUGGCAUGGCAACUAUCGAUGAUGGCCUAUUGCAUCUAACAAAUAAUACAAACAGGAGCACCGGCCAUGCUUUCCACAAGAUUCCAAUGAACUUCACAAGGUCAUCUCCCAGUUCACUUUCUUUUUCAACAGAAUUUGUCUUUGCGAUGUUUCCUUUGCAAGGCGACGGCCAGGGACUAGCUUUUGUGGUAUCUCCCUCGCUGGACCUCAGGUAUAGUGGCGCUGCAACAUCAUACUUGGGGAUUUUCAAUAGGACAAAUGAUAAUAAAACUGAGAACCAUAUCUUGGCUGUAGAGCUUGACACUAAUCCAAGCUCUGAAGCAAUUGAAGAUAGCUAUAACCAUGUGGGGAUUGAUAUUAAUAGCAUAGUCUCGGUGGAAUCUUCCAAUGCUAGUUACUUUAGUGAUACAGACAAGAAGAACAUAAGCUUGCCUCUUGCUAGUGGAAAAAGUAUUCUGGUCUGGAUAGAUUAUGAUGAUUUAGAGAAGCUACUAAAUGUAACGUUAGCCCCAGCUCCAACAAAGCCAACUUCGCCUCUCUUGUCAAGAUCCAUCAAACCAAGUGUGCCUCUCUUGUCAAAAUUCAUUAAUGUUUCAGAAAUUUUCAGUGAAACCAUGUUUGUAGGCUUCUCAGGAUCCACAGGGACAGUCAAAAGUGACCAAUAUAUUCUUGCAUGGAGUUUCAAGAAAGGUGGACAAGCAGAGAGCCUUGACUUGUCAAAGGUUUUGGAUGCCCCUAAUCCACCUCCACCACCCUCAGGGUCCAAUGACUCCAACAUGAAACUAAUUCUAGUUGCUACUAUACCUUCAAUUGCAUUUCUGAUGAUGCUUGGAGGAAUUUUUUAUCUUUACAAGAGAAGGAAGUACUCAGAGGUGCUAGAACAAUGGGAACAAGAUUAUAUCCCUCAAAGGUAUUCUUUCAAGAACCUAUACAAAGCAACCAAAGGUUUCAAGGAGAAUCAGCUACUUGGAGCAGGAGGAAACUUUAAAGCUGAAGAGGUCAAGAUGCUUUUGAAGAUAGGCAUGCUUUGUUCUCAGAGCAACCCAGAGAAUAGGCCUAGUAUGAGACUUAUAGUACAAUAUCUUGAAGGAAAUGUCAUUGUUCCGGACAUAUCAUAUGAUACAUCUGGAUUUGGUAUGCCAAAUAUAAGCAAUGAAACGGUGACACAACAGCCUGAGACCUCCUCAUCAGCUAACUUCUCGUUUGAAGAUGUUACAGUCCUAUUUGGUGGUCGUUGA